AUGUCUAGCCUUCCCCCUCGUUUCAUCAUCGUCGUCGAUGGCAAGCACGUCGCUAAGCCCGAGCAGAAGGGCGAGGAAAUGUUCCAGGCUCAGUCUGGUGAUGAGCCCGCCAUCUUUGAGCUCAAGGGUGACCGCCUUGUCAGCGGUGAUUAUGCUCUGGGUCGAUGGAUAGUUGAGGAUGUGUCUGCCCAGCCCAAGCCCAUUAUGUGGCGCAAGAACGAAGAGGAGUCAGGAGACUUGCGGCCCGUGACUGUCACAGAUGGCGCCCAUGGUCCAGAGAUUAGUUUCUACGAUUCUACUGGUAUUGCCAUUCACGAGGGCAAGCUCUUCGCGGUUUUGGCCCAUGGUACAGAGAGAGCUCAGUCUGUCGAGAUCCGUGCCAGCGAGGAUUAG